AUGGCGGACGCUGCAUCAUUCAGAGACAAAGAGGAACUGCGUUGGUGUGCCACUCUGUCUGACCCGGAACCUCAUGUGUUCCUGGUCAUGCUGCAGCCUGAGAAGUUCACACAGGAAGAGGGAGACAGAAUCAGGAAAAUCCUAAACACCCUCAGUGACCGGUCUUUUGACUACUCAAUGGUUCUGACAACUCAUGAAGACAAGAGGGGACACAUGGAUGAGGAUCACCCUUUGAAUCAGAUGGUCAGAGCCUGUAGAGGGAGGCAGCACCUCAGUGACUGCACUCAACUUAUUGCAGAUGUUGACAAGAUGGUAAAGGAGAAUGGAGGAGACUAUCUCACCUGUGAUGUAUUUGAAGAUACAAGUGGCAUGCCAUGUGAGUCAGCCAGUGGGGAGGUGAAUGGCAAGUCUGUUACUGUUGUAAAGACUCCAGACUUCUUUGCUCCACAUCUGACUGUGAAGUCCCUGAUGCAGGAGAUAGAGAAAUGUAAGUCCCUCUCUGCUCCUGGGCCUCAUGGGGUCCAGCUGGUGUUGAAGCCUGAGGAGUUCACAGAGGAGAACAGAAACACAUUAAAGUUGAUCCUGAGCAUAUUUGGUAAAGAGUCCUUCAAGUACUCAAUGGUGAUCAUUACUCACGAGGGAGUCGCAGGAAAUAAUAAUCUGAGACAAAUGAUUGAAGAAUGUGGAGGAAGGCAUCAUGAAAUGUACAAACAAGAAAGUGACCACAAAGUGUUAACUGAAAAAAUAGAAAAGAUGGUAGAGGAGAAUGAACGGAGAUACCUCACCUCCAAUGAAGAGACGACACAUGAUACCAUGACACCAAAGGCUCAGAGACUGAACGUGGUGCUGUGUGGCAGAAGAGGAGCUGGGAAGACUUCUAUAGCCAAUGCCAUACUGGGUCAGACAGAGUCCAGUCCAAAGUCCAGCUCCUCCUCAGUGUGUGUGAAGAGAGAAGGAGAGGUGUGUGGUCGGCCGGUCACCCUCAUCGAGCUGCCUGCUCUGUAUAGAACACAUCUCACUCAGGAGGAAGUGAUGCGUGAGACUUUCCACUGUGUCUCUCUCUGUGACUCUGGAGUCCAUGCUUUCCUCCUGGUCGUACCUUUGGGUCCAAUUACUGAUGAAGACAAAGGAGAGUUGGAGACCAUCCAGAAGAUUCUCAGCUCACGAAUCAAUGACUUUGUCAUGGUCCUGUUUAGACAGGAUAACAUUCCAGUUGAUAAAACUGCAGUUGACUUUGUGGAACAAAAUGCAGACACAAAGCAUCUGAUCAAGAUAUGCGGAGGGCGGUAUAAAAUCUUUGAUGCUUCAAAGAUUGAGAACGUCAAGCAGACGACAGAGCUUGAAGAAGAAGAAUCAAGGAUUUAG